AUGAUGAUGAGAGAAAUAUUCCUUCUCCUCCUCUUCUGUUCCUUGAUCAAAUCAUCAGCUUCAAAGAACACCAUUAAAGAUCAUCUUCAGAGGGGUUCCUCUCUAUCUGUUAAUGAUGAUUCCAACGUGAUAAGGUCCCCAGACAGCACUUAUACAUGUGGUUUCUAUGGCUUCCAAAGCAACGCUUAUUGGUUUGCAAUCUGGUUCACAAACUCCAAAGAACGAACCGUGGUUUGGACUGCAAACCGCAACACACCUGUGAAUGGCCGUGGAUCAAAAAUGACAUUUCGGGGAAAUGGGGCCAUGGUUCUGACAGAUUUGGAUGGCAUGAUUGUGUGGGAAACAAACACAACCUCGACAGAUGUGGAUAGAGCAGUGCUGCUGAAUACAGAAAUAUCAAGUGUCUACUGGCCUAGUCCUGAUCCUGGUUUUAAUGUUUGGAAGUUUGGAAGAACCUCGUAUAACAGCAGCAGAAUGGCAGUUUUUAACGAUGUGGGUGAAUUUAACUCCAGCGAUUGGUGGAACUUUCGUGCUUCAGAUAUGGGUUUUGGGAUUAAAAGGAGGCUAGUCAUGGACUAUGAUGGUAAUCUCAGGAUUUAUAGCUUGAACGAGUCAACUGGGUUAUGGUCAAUUUCAUGGCAAGCUAUUGCACAACCUUGUAAUAUCCAUGGAAUCUGUGGGAGAAACGGGAUUUGUGUUCAUGGAGUACCACCGGAAUGUUCAUGCCCACCUGGUCAUAAAUGGACUGACCCUAAUGAUUUUAGUCAGGGUUGUAAGCCUACUUUCGAUCGAACAUGUCUUGUAGGGACAUCUGUUUGGGAGAUUGUAGAUGUGAAGCAUUUAAUUACAGGCUAA